AUGGCUUCUGCAGCAGCAGACGGGGAGAAGGGAUCUCCGGUUGUGGUGGGGCUGUUGGUCGUGGGCAACAUCAUUAUUCUGCUGUCAGGCCUGGCUCUGUUUGCUGAGACCGUAUGGGUGACAGCUGACCAGUACAGGGUGUACCCACUGAUGGGCGUCUCAGGCAAGGAUGAUGUCUUCGCUGGGGCCUGGAUUGCCAUCUUCUGCGGCUUCUCCUUCUUCGUGGUGGCCAGUUUGGGUGUGGGAGCAGCACUCUGCCGCCGGCGGUCCAUGAUCCUCACGUACCUGGUGCUCAUGCUCCUCGUCUACCUCUUCGAGUGCGCCUCCUGCAUCACCUCCUACACCCACCGCGACUACAUGGUGUCCAACCCGUUCCUCAUCACCAAGCAGAUGCUCACCUUCUACAGCGCAGACUCCGACCAGGGCCAGGAACUGACCCGCCUUUGGGAUCGCAUCAUGAUUGAGCAAGAAUGCUGUGGCACAUCUGGCCCCAUGGACUGGGUGAACUACACAUCAGCCUUCAGGGCGGCCACUCCAGAGGUGGUGUUCCCCUGGCCUCCGUUGUGCUGCCGCCGGACCGGAAACUUCAUCCCCGUCAACGAAAAUGGCUGCCGCUUAGGACAUGUAGACUACCUGUUCACCAAGGGCUGCUUCGAGCACAUUGGCCACGCCAUCGACAGCUACACCUGGGGCAUCUCGUGGUUCGGCUUUGCGAUCCUGAUGUGGACGCUCCCUGUGAUGCUGAUAGCCAUGUACUUCUACACAACGCUCUGAGGAACAAGGAGAGGCCACCUGCGCACCUCGGUGUCCCCAACUUGCUGCUCCCGCCUCCUCCAGCUGGGGCCUCCACGGCCACCUCGCCCCUCCCCUCUUCCAAUCCCAAGACUCUUUUCCAGGUUUCUAAGCCCUGCUGACCCUAGGUGUGUCCUCCAAACCUCUGGGUUUGUGUGCCCUUGCCCUUUGCCCUUGGCCUCACAUCACCAGGCUGAUUCCUGACCCAUUUUUAGGUGUCAACUUAAAGGUCCCGUCCUCCAGGACUUCCGUGACCACGCCCACCGGCUCACAGAGGCCGCCCCUGUAGCUCCCGAACUUCUCCCAGUGGGUGUAUUGCGAUU